CAACAGAUUUCAUCGAAUAGUAAACCAAAUGCAACAUUCCUAUCGCGCAGCUUUAUCAUCAGCUGCGUAACUCGCUCUUCUUCUUCUUCUUCUUCUUCUUCUUCUAUCCCCAUCUCUUGGUGAAGGAAGAAACCAAAUCGAUGUCAACUCCAGGCCGAUGCCGAACAGCUAGAAAUCCAUAUUCUUCAAUUUUGUUAACUACUUGAGCGUUGAUUCUCUCUUUCUGCAAACGAUUAUGGCAUUUCGAGCUGUUAACAGUUGCUCAGUCCUCCGCUCUGCUUCGUCCCCGCCUCUCUCUGCCUUCCGAUGCUGCCACUUCAAUCCAAGGAAUCUUCAGUUUCGAUGGAGCUCGAAAUUAAACUGUAGGUCUCCUGUAUUAUGGCAUAAACACCGAGUUUCUAGGAGUGGUGGAGGUCGAUUCUACUCCUUGUACAGUAUUGUUGAAAGCGUUGUCGAAGAGCUCGAAGCUCUGCGCCGGCGAAAGAAAGUUUCUGCUACCGCUAAAAUGGGAAUGGUGGGCAUGAGCAGUGAUGAUGGUACUGAAGAUAAGCUUAUGAACCGAACAUUGGAAAAGGGACUGCUGCUGGAGUUCAAGAAGGACUCGGAGAGAGUAUUACUGGCAGUUGCUCAGAGACCUGAUGGGAAAAAAAACUGGAUGGUGUUCGAUCAGAAUGGUGUCACUUCAUCUAUUAAGCCACAACAAGUUACAUACAUUGUUCCAGGUGUUGAAAAUUUCGAGCAGACAGAAAUUGCAGACUUCAUUAAAAAAGCUGAGGAUAACUUGGACCCGUCACUGUUGGAGUUUGCAUGGCUUGAGCUUCUAGAACAAAAUAAGGCAGUGACUACCGAAGAAUUAGCUGAGAUGAUAUUUGGGAGUACAGAACCUCUUGAUAGCUACUGUGCACAUCUGUUGUUAUCAAGAGAUGAAUUAUACUUCACUGUUCUGCAGACAAAAGGUUCGCGAUCUUUUUAUGGUCCAAGACCUACUGACCAAGUUGAAGAACUUCAACGUAAAAAGCUUGCAAAGGAGGCAGCUGAGAAAGAACUACAAGAGUUUGUAGAAUUAUUGAAAUCUGCUAAGGCAAUGCCUUCGAAGUCCAAACCACCUAAAUCAUCCUGGGCAGCUGAAGAGAAAACCAGACACAAGAUUGAGUCACUUGAAUCUUAUGCUAUUGAUGCUUGCAAGGAUGAUGAACAGAGGAAAACAGCUGGGAUGAUUCUCAAGGCUAUGGGACUGGUGAGAACAACAUCAUCAGCAGUAAAUCUUCUCAUAGAUAUAGGGUAUUUCCCUCGGCAUGUUAAUCUUGAUCUUCAGAAGUUCAACAUUCGGACAUAUCAUUCAGAUGAGAUUAUAGCAGCUGCGGAAUCACUUUUACUGGGGGCAUCAGAUCCCGAUGAGGUUGACAGGAAGAAUCUCACACAUCUUAAGGUUUAUGCCAUUGAUGUUGAUGAAGCGGAUGAGCUUGAUGAUGCAUUGAGUGCAACAAGAUUGUCAGAUGGUCGAAUUAAAAUAUGGAUUCAUGUUGCUGAUCCAGCUAGAUUUGUUCAACCAGGGAGCAUAGUAGACAGGGAGGCCAUGGAAAGAGGAACUUCUAUAUUUCUUCCUACAGCCACAUACCCUAUGUUUCCAGAGAAACUAGCAAUGAAUGGAAUGAGUUUAAAACAAGGAGAAAUUUGCAAUGCAGUUACUGUAUCUGUUGUCCUUCAUUCUGAUGGAAGCAUUGCAGAAUAUUCUGUGGAAAACUCAAUCAUCAAACCAACUUACAUGCUGACAUAUGAAAGUGCGUCGGAGCUGCUUAGUUUGAACUUGGAAGAGGAGGCUGAACUUAAAGUUCUAUCUGAGGCUGCAACUUCGCGAUUAGCAUGGCGAAGGCAACAGGGUGCAAUCGACAUGCCUUCUUUGGAGACACGGAUCAAGGUAGCAAAUCCAGAAGACCUGGAUCCUGAAAUCAAUCUCUACGUAGAAAACCAAGAUAACCCUGCCAUGCGACUUGUUUCAGAGAUGAUGAUCCUAUGUGGAGAAGUUAUAGCCACUUUUGGUUCUCGCAAUAACAUUCCGUUACCCUACAGAGGACAACCUCAAACAAAUAUUGAUGUAUCUGCAUUUGCACAUCUUCCAGAAGGACCUGUUAGGAGCUCUGCAAUAGUUAGAACAAUGCGUGCUGCUGAAAUUGACUUCAGUAAGCCUAUACGCCAUGGGAUUUUGGGAAUUUCUGGUUAUGUCCAAUUUACAUCUCCCAUCCGUAGGUAUUUGGACCUCGUUGCACAUUAUCAGGUUAAGGCAUUCCUUAGAGGCGACUCUCCUCCGUAUUCCCAUGGUCAAUUGGAAGGGAUAGCAUCUACUGUAAAUAUAAAUACUAAAUUGGCAAAGAGACUCUCAAGCCUCAGUCAUCGUUAUUGGGUAUUAGAGUACUUGAGACGGCAACCAAAAGAAAACAGAUAUCGAGCGUUGAUUCUUAGGUUCAUUAAAGAUCGAAUUGCAGCCCUGCUGUUGGUUGAGGUGGGGCUUCAAGCAUCUGCAUGGGUUUCUCUUGGAGCAGAAAUUGGAGAUGAAGUACAAGUUCGAGUGGUGGAUGCCCAUCCACGUGAUGAUGUUCUUUCUCUGAAGGAGAUCAUUCAGUAGAUAUAUGAAGUUCUCUGAAGUCAAAUGUUUUAUGACAAGGUGUCACUCCCUAAACUUUCACGGCUUGAUACCACGAGAAUUCACCAAGAGUUCAUUUCGUGAAUCUCAACCAUAUGUCCAGCUAUAUUGUGGAAAUUGUGGUCGUUUUAGAAGGUAUGAAUUACUUGAAGCCUUCUAUACCAUGGGGCUAUUAGCCGUGCUGCCAUUUUUGUAUCUUCUAGUUUGUUACACAGUGAUUGUUGCUACUAGAUCAAGUACGAUCACCUUGGUCUUGAGCUAGAGCAUUAAUCUGUUGAGUAGGUUGUAAAUGAAUUACAUUUGUUGGAGGAAACUGGAAACAUCAUGGAGCUUUUCGAUAGUUCAUCACUUUAUAUUUGAUACAAAAUGAAAGGACCUUUCAAGCUAAUAAAAAGAUUGUGGGUCCCUACUUCUGGAAA